AUACAGAUGAACAAGGUUGAUGAUACAGACACUAUAAAACAGUUACCAAACUGGGUUUCCAACACAUAGGACGAAAUUAAUAUUAUAAACGUAAUUAUUUAAUUAUUUAAACAUAAGUUUUAACUAAUGAAUGCAAUGCAUACAAAUUACAAUAGGUAUAGUAAACGGCGGUGUAAUAUGGUCUCAUCAAUGGUGUUCUAAGUACGGCGCAUAUGUACACACAUAUAUUGAUAUAUAUUAUUAUACAUACUGGAAUUAAUUUGCAUUUAAUUAAUAGUUGACGGAAAAUUUUCUCCACAAAAUGUUACCAUACAUUACACGAUAAAUGCUUUGACCACUGAACGUAAAUCUAUAUCGUACACGUUUUAAUUGUAAUUAAUUGAAAAAUGUCAGUGUUUUAGUGAAUUUUUUUUUGUUAUAGAAAAAUAGUGGUUAAAAACACGUUGUAUUUUUUAAAUUAUAUCGUCGAAUUGUUGUUUUUUUCCAAGGACUUUAUAAAGAAAAAAGUGAACUCUAAGUGUUAAUUUUGUUAACUAUUUUUUCUAUAAAUAAACUCUUAAAUUUAUAGUUUUGUUUUAUAUUGCUGGAACCAUGUCGAAUUCCGCAGAAUUUCUUUUAAAAAAUCAUUCUGCGGACAAAACUAUGAUUCUCAAUGAGAAUAAACAAGGCGAAGCUGAUAAAAACGGAAGAAAAAUCUGUAGAUCGAGUAAAUACGAAGAAGCCUACCGCCGAUCGUUAGAGGAUCCAGAAGGAUUUUGGGGUGAAGUCGGUUCUAUAGUGGAUUGGCAUAAACCUUGGGAUAAAGUUCUGGAUAACAGUGCCCAACCGUUAACCGAAUGGUUUGUUGGAGGGCAAAUAAACGCGUGUUACAAUGCAAUCGAUCGCCAUCUGAAAGCAGGAAAAGGAAAAAAAAUAGCGUUAAUUCACGAUAGUCCUGUAACGAAUUCAGUGAAGAAAAUCACAUACGAGGAACUCCACGAAAGUGUUUCGCUAUUGGCCGGUGCUCUAGCUGACUUAGGCGUGGUAAAAGGGGACCGUGUGCUAAUCUACAUGCCGCUCAUACCUGAAGCAAUCAUUUCUAUGUUAGCCACUGUCCGGCUUGGGGCUAUUCACUCAGUAGUGUUUGGAGGAUUUGCUGCCCGAGAAUUGUGCGCCCGAAUUAAUCACGCUGCUCCGAAAAUUAUAUUAGCUGCAAACUGUGGAAUCGAACCAAACAAAAUAGUAAAGUAUAAAGACAUACUUAAUGCAGCUCUAGAACGAGCGACAGAAAAACCCAAACAUUGCAUUAUAUACCAAAGACCUAAAAUGGAACCUUCUCCGCUGACUCCUGGCAUUGACUUGCUCUGGUCGGAAGCUUUGGCCAAAGCCAAACCCCACCCAUGUGUUCCCGUGGAAGCUAAUCAUCCAUUAUACAUACUGUACACGUCUGGCACUACCGAUAAGCCGAAAGGAAUAGUUAGACCAACUGGCGGCCAUAUUGCUACUUUAUGUUGGACUAUGCACUGCAUUUACGGUAUGUCGGGUGACGAUGUUUGGUGGACUGCUUCUGAUAUGGGUUGGGUAGUCGGCCAUUCGUAUAUAUGUUAUGGACCUCUGUGCGCUGGAUUGACUUCAGUAAUGUAUGAAGGCAAGCCGGAUCGAACACCUGAUCCGGGACAGUAUUUCAGAGUUAUUCAAGAUCACAAAGUAAACGGAUUAUUAACGGCGCCAACCGCUUUAAGAGUAAUCAAAAGAGAAGAUCCAGAAUUAGAGCAUAGCAGUAAAUACGACACUAAAUCCCUGAGAACUUUGUUUGUCGCGGGUGAACACUGUGACCACGAAACAUUGACGUGGUCAGGGAAAGCUUUGAAUGUUCCCGUACUGAACCAUUGGUGGCAAACCGAAACUGGUCAUUCUAUUACAGCUACUUGCAUUGGACUAGGCCAUAAUUUGAAGCCCCCCGUAUUUUCAGCAGGCAUGCCGUUUCCCGGCUAUGACGUGAGAAUCUUAAGAAAAGACGGUAGUCAAUGUAAGUUUUUAGAGUUGGGCCGCAUUGUUGUCAAGUUACCGUUGCCACCUGGAGUCAUGUCAUGUCUAUACAGAGCACCGGAAAGAUUUAUCAACACAUAUUUCAACAACUACAUUGGAUAUUACGACACGAUGGAUGCAGGUUAUGCCGAUGCCAAUGGUUACAUAUACGUUACGGCCAGGGACGACGAUGUGAUCAAUGUCGCCGGACAUAGGCUUUCCACGUCUGCUUUAGAGGAUGUCAUCCUAUCCCAUCCGGAUGUGGGCGAUGCUGCUGUGUUCGGCGUGCCAGAGACCACAAAGGGAGAGAUACCGUUGUGUUUGUACAUUAAGAAUAAAAAUUGCAGUAGAAAAGAAGAAGAAAUUAACAAUGAAAUUGUGCAAAACGUCAGAGACCUGAUCGGCCCUAUCGCGUCGUUUCAAUUAUGCGCGCCCGUGCCAGGUUUGCCGAGGACUCGAUCGGGCAAAACGGCCAGGAAAUCUUUAGCCAAUUUGGCCAGUGGCAAACUUGUAGUCAUUUCAAGUACAAUCGAAGAUCCAUCUGUGUAUGUAGACAUUAAGAAAGUUUUACAAUCGAUGGGCUACGCGAAAGAUGCUCCCGAUCCGGAAUUGGCCAAAUAACCGCGCGCCGACUUUUCAUACAAUCCCCAAUUAUACUAUUUUAUAAUUAUUAUUAUUUGAUCGUUAAAAACAAGACAACAGUGUAGAACUAUUUUAAUUUCGCUUGUAUUUACGCAAACGCCACCGCGAACCGGUAAUAAAAUAAAAAUUAAACACACGCACACACACACUCAAAUAUGUAUAAUAUAAUAUAUAGGUACAUAAUAUUAGUUUUAACAGCUAAAUUAUAAAAAUAGCCUUUUUUUUUAGUUUUUAUUGUAUCAAUUAAUGAAUUGAAUAUUUUAAUGUAUAAUAGUAAAAGACGUGUAAACAAAGCCUAAAUAAAUUCUAACAUAUCAAUAAUUGAAUAAGGUUUAUAAUAAAUACAAUUUGAAACGUUGCGUUGCCGACUUUGGCAAA